AUGGCGUCUGCGCCGCAACGCACGGCGUCGACGCACAGGUCGGCGGUCGUCCGUGGCACGCACGAGUUUCACAUCGUCGGCUACAGCGAGCGUAAGCCGUUCGCCCGUCUCACCAACAAGGCGGCAUCAUAUUUCGACCCCCUCUAUGCCGACGGCCCCGGGAGUGACCCCUUGAUCAAGUCUGCCGCCUUUCAGGUCGGCAACUACACAUGGGACCUCGUCUGCAUCUUCGGUGUUCAAGGUGAAGGCCCUACUUUGAUCCUCGUCCCGGGCCCCCAAAUUUCUGGAGACGGCCCUGUUCAAGGUCACCUCACAUCCAUCACCCUGGAGCUGCUCACCAAAACCAUUACCAAGGAUGUCAUCGCCACGGCCAGCCUUCAGAUCGACGACCCGCUUGGCCGGUGGCCGCCCGCCGUGUGGCGAAGCGACGCCGCCCACAGAUUCUGCAGGAGAAUAUUUGCCGGUAUGAGCUGGAAGCUGUCGCUACCGGAUGCGUUCCGUGGGCACGAGGAGCGCUACGUCACCGAUGAUGACCGCCUCACCAUCAUCUGCACCGUCGACAUUCUCCAAGAGGAUACCCAGACCGCCGCGGAGACCAGGAAGUGCUUGGUCUCUGUGGUGCCGGCGCCGACCAUCCCACGGGAUUUUCAGCAGCUUCUGCUACUUCUGGAGAAGUACCCCAAGUUAUCCGACGUCACCUUCCUCGUAGAGGAUACCGAGUUCCGUGCGCACAGGCUUGUGCUUGCUAUGCGGUCACCGGUCUUUGCCACGGAGCUCUUUGGUGACGCGAAGGAGAGCACCACAAGCCGAAUAAGGAUAGACGACAUGGAUGCCUCCACAUUUAGGGCCAUGAUCCGGUUCAUCUACACUGACGAGCUUCCCAUGAAGCCAAUCAACCAUGUGGAAUCAAGAAGCCCCCUUAAUAAUAAUUUUAAAGAGGAAUACAUGUCCCUCGCCCGCAAACUCCUUGUGGCAGCUGAUCGGUAUGAUCUCGAGAGGCUGAGGCUCAUGUGCGAGAACAUACUGUCGGAGUGCAUCAAUGUGGCCACUGUCAUGAAGACGUUACUGCUGGUGCGAGGCCGCCAAAGGUGCUAUCAGCUCCAGGAUUCCUGCAUCAAGUACAUGUCGUCUGAUCCUGAUGUGUACAACGCGGUAGGCGGUUACGACUGGAAGAUAAAUGUGUACCCGUCUGGAUAUGAUGUUGAAGAGCACAUAUCCGUCUACCUCUGUCUAUGCACUGAUCCUGGAACUGCUACAGUCAAGUCGUCGAACAGGUUCCGGAUCGAUGACCCUAACGGCAAAUCACCGUCGAUGGUGCUUGGUUCAGAAGACACUUUUACAAAGUUGCAUCGAACCUCGGGAUUUCAGAAGUUCAUCGCCGUGAAUUCUGCAAAGUCACAGUAUACGUAG